AUGGGUGGUGUGAAGGUGGUGGUGAGAGGCGGCUUAUUAGUAGCGUUAACGGUGGUGUUGUGGGUGGCAACAAAAAGCUCAGCCACAGUAGACUGUGUGACAGUGACGACACUUGUAUCAACAUGCUCUGCUUUUGUACAAUACGGGACACCAGAUCCGUACCCAGGGUCCCCAUGUUGUGAUGCGGUGGCUAGUCUUAAUAACCUCGGUGACUCCGAAGAAAAUCGGCGGUCUUUAUGCAUGUGUUUGAUGGGUGUCAUUACCACUUACAAUCCCAAUGCUACCGCUAUUGCCACCUUGCCUGGCUUCUGUGGAGUGUCUCUAGGCUUUACCAUUGAUCCCAAUACCGAUUGCAAUUAUGUAUGA